CGUAAGGGCGCGUGGAGAAAAGCGCCAAAAGAGAAAAAAGAAAGCAAACUUUGCAUUGAGUGGGACCCAUUUGUCCCCGACCUCUCAUCUUCUCCUUCUGUCUUCAAACCCUAAAGGUCUCACGCAUUUCGGCAAGUGCCAAGUUCGCUGAAUCAAAUUGUUUCGUCCGAGAGAAACUCCACUCGAAUCGAAGCUUAAAUUUCGGAUCUUUCUUACUUACUUACUUACAGCUGUCUCCUCGAGGAGACGAUGAGCAGAGAUCAUCCACCUGAGCCUCUUGAUUUCUUCAUCUGGACCGUUGAGGACGUUGGAUAUUGGCUUGAAGAGAUCAACCUUGGAAGCUACCGCCUGAUUUUCAAAGAGAAUGGUGUCAACGGAGAGUAUCUAGAAAGCAUGUCUGUGUUCACAACGGAACAGAUCCUUCACUUCAUAAGGAGGCAUCACAUGAAAUGGGGAGACUUUAUCACUCUCUGCAAAGAACUCAGAAGGAUCAAAGUGGCUUGCUUGAAAGGUGAGCAGAGAGUUCGACGGCCAUGGUGGGCACCGUCCUGUCUAUCAGUAGUCUUUGUUAAGGCCGCUAAGCGCAACCGACAGUCUCGUGUUGUAUCUCUAAAACUUGAGUCUUGACAUUUACACUUUGGAUGUUUAUGUACGUACGUACUUGUCUCUCGUCUCGUCUCUUCUCUUCUUCUUUUUUUUUUUCUCUUUCUGGUUUGGGGUUUGUCUGUGGAGAUGAAAAGCCACAUAUGCAAUAGGAAGAAACAAACUCAAAGCCAAAAUGCUUUGUUGGCUUUGGUAAAAAUCUUGCAAGGUGGGGGAAAAACAUUAUGUUUUUUUUUGUUGUAUUUCGGUGUAUACAAAGUUUGCUCUCAGAUGUUUAAUAUAUAUUAUGUGACAGAUAAUAGUUUAGUACAUUAAUUUGAUUAUACAUAUGUUGAAAGCC